AGUUCAAUUAUCGAUUUGCUAUGAUUUUUUGAACAUUGGCCGAUCUGUAAACUGUUCCGAAUAUGAGGAAUGACUGUAGAAUGUAAAGUUCGAAAAUCGCGAUCAUCUUUCUCGUUAGUCAUGUUGUUACGACCGCUUAGAUGGCCACACUGCCGAACGGUAUAGCGCCGACGGUGUAAUCGGCCGACUCCAUCUCGACUGUCAACGCGAGCGCAAAGCAAGGAGAAAAUCAAAACAACAAAGAAGGAUUCUCCAUUUCGAAGUUGAGAAAUAGUUUGUGUUCAUAAGUUAGUGAAAAUUGAGUGCAUUUGGGGUUAAAUUAACGUAAAUUAUAGCGUAUCCCAAAAGGAAACCUGUAAGUAGGAAGAAAUAACAAUAAGUUUUAAUUAAGAAAACUUUAACGGUGAAAUACUUACCAGCUGCACACGUCGACUGAAGAACAGCAACGAUUGUCGUACCGUCACAUGGUGCUACCUCGGACGGCGAUGAUUAUCUGUAAGUUUACCUGAAAAGAAGGAGAAUAAUUAAUUAACAAGUGUAAAAUAAAAACAGGAACGGAAAGGAAAGGAGAAGGAAUCGAGGAGGUUCAAGGAAGGAGGAGUAAAUCGCGAGGAGAAGACUAUUUGAUUUUAAAGCUGCUGGAGACAGCUGCUACAAAAAAUUUAGUUUUACUCUGGUUCAUCCGAACAAACUUUAAAAUCAAAUACUGGUUCGAUGAAUCUCAACACUCCAACCUGAACCAGACUUCAGAUCUCUGCGGUGCGUGCGAAUUUCUCACCGAAGCGGAGGAAAUUAUCACCUGCAGCAGCUGCGGAAUGAAAUACCACUCCCGCUGCGUGGACAACACGGCGGCGGAUACGGAGUGGUACUGCCCAGAAGGUUGUCGGAACAAUCUCGACGAUUCAGCCGAACAAGCUCGCGAACAACCAGAUGCGGCGACCGACACGGAUUGUCCGGCGGUUGGGCAAGCGGAAGAAUUCGAUGCGGAACGUUGGAUCCGGGAGAAGCAGGAGGAGAUCGAGAUGGAGCUGGCGGAAAGGCAAGCGCAGAUCGAUCGCGAGCUGCGGGAGAAGGAAGAAAAGAUGGCCGAAGCAAUCCGGAAAGUAAUGCGGCGGCAAGAAGCCAACUUGGAGCUCGAGCGGAAGAAAAAGGCGGACCACGAGAGGCGAAUGGCAGAUUUGCAGAGUUCGUUUCAAAGAAGGUCUUCACUCAUCAACGAGCAGCUGGAGCUCACCAAGUAUGGUUUCGAGAAGAUCCUGCAAUGUCCUCAAAUCGUCAACUCGACGAGUGAGGAAGAGGCAGAAGACGAGAAGAAGAUCGAGCGCGAAGAAAGCUCGAAUGAAGACCGCGAUGGAAGUGCGAAAAGUCGCGUGGAAGACACCGGCGAGAACGGUACGAAGCUGAACAAGCAAGACGUCAGUGGAACUCUUUACGGGCUGGGGCAGCAAGGUUCCGGACUUGAGAAGGCACGACUGGCCGCGGGCGGGGGGCGUACAAGACAGUCUCCUUGCUACCCGAACGACCCAGAAUGGUUGCCAAAGUCCUACGGAACGCAACAAAAACCCUCGGAAUCCUGUGGAGUUGUGGACGGAGCAGAUCUUGGAAAGCUUCAAAGCUGGCUUAAAGGUGCGGCGCUAGACACUGGACAUCGUACGCUUCGCUUUUCCCGACGACUACUGGUGGAUCGUCCGGAACUGCUGCAACGAAGCCACGCGGAGAGUUCGCGCGGUAUUGAGCAUCCGGAAGCGGAAAAGUUUGCAACACUCACAACGCUCAAAAGUGCAGCGAAUCAACUGUACGAGCGUACGAAAGCGACGGAUAUCACGCUGGUGUAUCCGCUCGCAAUUGAAGACCCAGCUAGCGUACUUCCGAUUGUGGAGGAACGGCUCUGGGCAACGAAGAAGGCGGAAAUAAAGAUCUUUUCGUCGAAAAACAACUCGGACAUGAUAGCCGAGACAAGCAGAAGAAGACAGACAGAGGACGCGGACCUCUGCUGUCAGGAAGAGGACAGCUCCAGCCUGACCAGGGCCAACCAAAUGCAACCAAGAGUGCGCCACGAUCGCCAGUUGCGGUUCUGUGGGGGAAUGGAGGAGAUGUUCGACGACGAGCGUACGAAGAUCGUCGCAAGCUGGAAUCGCGGCGAUAACCAGAGGUUGGAGAAACGCGGCCAAAGCAAUACAUGCUGGGAGCUUUACAACCAGGUGGUUCUUCCAAUCCACGAAAGGAACACCGUCGCGCUGAUUGUUGGCGCACAGGUUGUUCGACUGGAUCUCGGAGACGUACCGGGAAAACUCGCUAGACAGCGGUCGGCUGAGGCGAGUCACGUGUGCCCACGAUUCACGCGGAUGAAUGAGUGGGUCUCUGCGGCGCAGGUUUGCAGCGGUUUGGUGGCUGACGAUGGUCAGCUGCAAGAACUCAUCGGAAAGCUGCGAUUGAUGCUGCCGGCACUAAUAGCUCUAGGGAACCACCAACACAACGCGGCGCCGAAAGAUCCGGACAAACCGAAGAAGAAAAGCGCAAUGCAAGAAUCGGUGGAAUAUGUUCAGCAAGAUCCGACGGUAACCGACGCAAAAAGGUCGCACGCGAAGUCUAUCGCUGGCUGCACGGUUAAAAAUGGGUUCAUCGAGACAAUGGUAAGCGGAUCAGCGCACGAAAACGAACCGGUUGAGGCGCUUAAAGAGGUCGAUCGAGUCCACACGAGAAUGAAGGCGGCUAACUCGACCAACACGAAGCCGGUUCAGCAACGAAAUCUCCGGUCAGCAGUACUCGAUUUGAAGACGCAAGCAGAGGACGGCGAUUUCCUGAAGCAGCAGUGGCUGAGUCGACGUGAGCUGGCUGACGAAGCAAAGAACCAUGUUCCGAAGAGCGGUGGUCACGACGAGGAUGGAAACAAGCUGCACCACAGCAACAGCAUACCACUACGGCACCCCGGCGUCAGUCUCUUGGCAAUGACGAGCUGCAAGGCGCAUGACGGCGUUGACGACAACGAAGGCGGCCAAAAACUACACAGAAACGCAGCAAAUAUAUCCGGCUCGGUGCCCUUUUCAACGGCGAAAACGCACGAGCAACUGGACAGCGCUGCAAGAGAGUGUGUAGGAACCGGAGGGGAUGCAGAUUUGGCGUUUGCAAUCGACAUGACUGCGGUAAACUGGAUCGUCGAAGAGAACCUGCCUGGGCUGGACGGCGCGCAGAGGCUGACGGACGGAAUCAGCAGGACGACGAACUCGAGUGUCGGCAAAGGCAAAGGUGUCCCCGCGCAAUGGCACCAGACGGAGGAGGCUGACCAGUCGGAGCAGAAGAGCAGAGUAAACACAGCGGUACCAAAGGAUCUUGGUAAAUCCUACGAACCGGAUGGUCCGACGGAUGUUACGGGCUGGGGUGUUACGACCGCUUAGAUGGCCACACUGCCGAACGGUAUAGCGCCGACGGUGUAAUCGGCCGACUCCAUCUCGACUGUCAACGCGAGCGCAAAGCAAGGAGAAAAUCAAAACAACAAAGAAGGAUUCUCCAUUUCGAAGUUGAGAAAUAGUUUGUGUUCAUAAGUUAGUGAAAAUUGAGUGCAUUUGGGGUUAAAUUAACGUAAAUUAUAGCGUAUCCCAAAAGGAAACCUGUAAGUAGGAAGAAAUAACAAUAAGUUUUAAUUAAGAAAACUUUAACGGUGAAAUACUUACCAGCUGCACACGUCGACUGAAGAACAGCAACGAUUGUCGUACCGUCACAUGGUGCUACCUCGGACGGCGAUGAUUAUCUGUAAGUUUACCUGAAAAGAAGGAGAAUAAUUAAUUAACAAGUGUAAAAUAAAAACAGGAACGGAAAGGAAAGGAGAAGGAAUCGAGGAGGUUCAAGGAAGGAGGAGUAAAUCGCGAGGAGAAGACUAUUUGAGUGAGUAGGAGAAAAGAAGUUGAAUUAUGUACAGAAACUUACCUUUUCAAUAUAAUUCCAGUUUUAAUGCUGCUGGAGACAGCUGCUACAAAAAAUUUAGUUUUACUCUGGUUCAUCCGAACACAUGUUUUUGAUACACGUCAUAGUCGGGUUUCAUUGCUCUAUGAUAUGCAAUUGUUUAAUGGUACGAUUCGUUCUAAUUUGCGUUAGCAAAAUAUAAAUUAUAUUCGAUCAUUUGUUUCCCGCGAAAUUAUCUUUUACCAUUUUAGCUCGUACAGCACGGUGACAAAUCUUGUUUCAACGCGAUUGUUCAAGCCCUUCAGAUAACAUCAUAACUUAUCAGUCAUCAGUAAUCAGUAAUUGGUCGUUCAUCUUAUAAAAAUUCAAAAGUAUAAAUAGUCUAAGGUCAACUCUACGUAAAUAUGUUACGCUGAGUAUAAUAUUUCUCCUUUUAAUUACACAUAACUUUGAUUCUAUCUUUCCG